GAAAGGAAAAAAAAGAGGAAAAGAAAAGCUUUUCUCUCAGCUCACGAUGUCGUGUACGUCGCAUUUUUAAGUGACUCUGUAACGUGAAACCCCAACGAUUGCGAACGAUGUUCUGCUGUUUAAGAAACUGUUUCCACGGCCUCAGCUUUGUCACGACUCGGACACCGAAACGGGAACGAAAUCCCAUCGCCUUGGAUACGACUCACAUGGGAAACGAGGUAGUAAUAGUAAAAAAUGGUCUAAGAAUAUGCGGAAGCGGUGGUGCCUUGACGAAUGCCCCUCUUCUUCAGAGUAAAAGUUAUUUUGAAGUGAAGAUACAGCAGGGUGGUAUAUGGGGCAUUGGACUAGCUAGGAGAGACACGGAUCUCAAUAUCGCUGUAGGAGGCAAAGACUCAGAAAGUUGGGCGCUUGAUUCUGAUGGUAUCAUAAGGCACAAUGAACAAGAACUUCACAAGAUUCAAAAUCCUGUCCAGGAAGGAGAUGUCAUCGGAGUAUCCUACGAUCAUGUAGAGUUGAAUUUUUAUUUAAAUGGAGAAUCCAUGAAUGCUCCAGUUAUAGGUGUAAAGGGACGGAUUUACCCAGUGUUAUAUGUGGAUGAUGGAGCCAUUCUGGACCUAUUUCUAGAAAAUUUUAUUUAUACUCCACCAAUGGGCUUCGAGAAAAUAAUGCUGGAACAAUCGUUGCUCUAGCAGGGUAAUAGGAACAAAAAUAACAUGUAUUGUUAAAAUUGAUAUUCCUCGUUCGAGUUUCAUUAAACAUUAAGAGUUGAAUGUUGAAAUUAAACGUUAAACUAAGAUAAAUUGUAAACAGAACGUUACAACAUAGUAUAAAAGCAUAACAUGGUAUUAAAAAACAAUAUUACAAACACAAUUGCAUGAUAAUAUAUUUUAUUGAGGAGCUUGGAAUAAACGAUUUGCCUAAAGAUGUGAGAAUCUAUUUUUUGAUCUAUUCUCUACGGAAUGAAGAUGCAUAAUAACUAGAUUUUAUAUAACUAAUUGAGAGAAAAUUCUUGAAAUUUAUUAAAAUUAAAAAGAGAUUUACAACGUUAAAUGUUCGAAUGAGUCAAUUUAGUUCUAUUUCGAUCUGAUGUUUAUGUUA